CCUCUUGUGCCCGCUCUCUGCUGAAGUUGUAAUUAAUUAGUACCAAGUUCAAGCGAAUCGCUCAGUCCCAGCUUUGUCCGGUACUAUAUAAAACCUCAAACUUCUAUCAUCUGUAUAAGAAGUUCCGAAGCCACCUUCUACUUAGUACUUGUAUAUAGGAUUGUUUGAAGUUAUGUCUGAUCACCCAGUCAAGAGCGUUGUCGUAAGCGUUGCAUCACAACCAGGAUCCAGUUUCGACGGUACGGACAGGCAACGCUCAGAUAUUCGGACUCUAAUUAAGAAAUCAUGGUCAACAGUUACAACUUCAAUUAAGAUUGCAUUGUUAGCAGUUCUAUAUUCGCCUGCAAUAAUAUUGGUAGCACUUAAAGAUUCCCUUGCAGAUAUAUGGGUACCAUUGGGACGUCAUGUUUGGGGGGCAAUUAUAGGUAAAAUCGAGGUGAAUCUCAGUAUGCAACAACGGAGGGAACUACUAGUGACAUUAGUUCCCCAUAUGGUUCUAUGUUUGACCAUGACAUUUCUUCUGCCCAUCAGUUUUCUGCGGAAACUGAUAUUAAUAAUGGGGAAUUUUCCACCUAUUACGCGGGAAAGGAUACUACAUACAAUAUCUUGUAUUGCACUGUUAGUGGAUCCUUUGUUCUUUUACAUUCCAUUCAUCGAUGAGAAAAGGAAGUGUAUUGGAAUGGACAAAGAGUUGAGGGCUGUAGUUCUUGCAUUGCGAUCACUUAUAGAUCUCGCUUUCGCACUCCAUAUUGAUGCUCUGAUCGACGUGAACGACGUGAUCUCCUAUGAGGAGAUCACGUCUAGGGGUUUAAAGUGGUUAUCUCAAGAUAUCAUAAUCAACGUCCUUCUUAUUCUUCCCAUCCAACAGGUAUGAAGAAAGAAAACUUUGUGGUAUAAAAUUGUUGUAGCUAAUUGCCUAAUUUGCUAUUUUUGAGUUACUUAAUAUGACAAGAAUUUUCUGUA